AUGUGCGGCUGCUUUUCAUCUCCUUUUCCUCUUAUUUCUUGUUACCACAGAUCCAAGGAACUCACAGUGACAAUCACGUCAACGAUGUUCAUCCAACUGCGCCGUGUGGUGUACCUGUUGGUGCUUCUGCAGUGCUGUACGUGCGUGGUGCGCGCAGAUUUUAACGAGAAAGAUCCCGCUACAUGUCUAAACGAUACUGACUUCAGGGUCGCGGAAAGACAGUUCAAUGGUACUUUGCACGAGUCGGAUAGAAUAUUUUUGGAAGGCGAGGCAUGUUUGAAGUUGUGGAAGGACAAGGUGGAUGAUUGUAACGCGUACGUUAGGGAUUACCGCGCCGCAGCGCAUAAGGUCACCGAAGUUGUUAGUGAGAUUGCGGCAAAAAAUCCUUCGAAAGACCAAUGCGGGACUGUUGUUGCGGAUUUGGUGCAGCAAGCGAAGGUGAGGGUGGAUGAGUUCAAGAGAGUCGCAGCACGAUCGUCGGAUAAAGUGGAAUUGGCGCGUAACACAAAAACAAUUUGUAUAUCUUCGGCCGUUGGCAAUCUGCUGGCGGUUGUCCCCAAGAUCGAAGAAGCAAUGGUCCACUAUAAGAGUUAUCUUGACGACGUUAAGUACAAGGUGUGUAAGACGGAUUGGAGAACGAAACGCGUUCAGGAAGUGGAGGCAAACCACACAAAGAUGAAAGAGGUCCACAAACAAUUGGUCGAGGUUAUGCCGGAGAAACACCAGCUUUGCAGGGUGGACGGCGGAUCGGUGGCGCCAGUGGACGAAGUGAAGGCGGCACUUAAAACAUUCCAAACGGUGUGUGGGAAAGGGCUCGAAGGCGUGGAAGUAAAUCCCGUCAAGGAGGCAAGUGGAAUCUGGAAUUACACUAAGGGGGAUUCUCAUAAAGUUGCCGUCAUUCGCGUGGUAGAUGGCAAGGUUGUGGAGGGCGCAGAUAAAGAGAGGCCACUCACUGAAACAGAAAAUGAGACGUUUAUGGUGAGGGUGAUGGGUAAUGGGAAGGUACCAGAAAUGAAGGAAGCGAACGUCCGGAAAAUCAAGGAGGACUUCGUGACGGCGAAGAAAGCAGUUGUCGUUGAAAGGGAACAGGCUGAGCAGAGAAGGUUGGAAGAAGAACGGGAGAAGGAGGCGCGGAGAAAACAGGAAGAAGAACAACGCAGGCUGUUGGCAGCGGAACAAGCGCGAAAAGCCAAGGAGGAACAGGACAAAAAGAAAAGUGAAGAACAGGCCAAGAGGGAAAGAGACGAAAAUGGGAAAAAGGAUGCGGAAGUGAAGGCCAAGGAAGAAGAGGCGAAAAGAGUUGCCGAAGAGGCGAGGAAGGCCAAAGAAGAAGCGAAACGAGUUGCUGCAGAAGAGGCCAAGAAAAAGAAAGACGGCAGCGUCAGUCCUGCAUUGGUGCACAGUUCCCUGAUUCUUCUUGUGCUUUCUGUAUUGGGUUGCACUCUCGUGUGCUGA